UCUUAGAUCUGCCUCGAAGUGCUGAAGACUCUUCUUCUCCUAUCUCCAAUGAGCUGCUGUCCCGUCACUGCUGAGCCUGCCCGCGAUGCGGCCGACCACAUCGGUGUGAUGAAGAAGGCCGGCAACACCAAUAUCUACGUGACGGGCCCUGCUUCCUCCAAGGCUGGUGUCAUCGCUUACCCGGACAUCUACGGCCUGGACAGCGGCCGCACCAAGGCGGACGCCGACACGCUGGGCAAGCUCGGCUACGCUGUAGUUGUCGUGGACCUCACGGACGGCGACUACCUCACCGAUACGAACGGUCUCGUCGACUGGUUCAAGAAGUACACGUUCGAAGAGCAGUUCGGCCCACGUAUCCAAGACGCCGUCAACUACCUCAAGAACGAGGUUGGCGCCGAGCGCAUCGCCAGUUACGGUAUGUGCUGGGGCUCGUGGGUGGGUGCCACGCAGACCACGCAGGCCGACCCGGUCGUGGUAGGCCACGUGUCAUUCCACCCCACGUGGAUCGUCGAGAACAUGCUCAAGGGCGACGGUGCUGUCGACAAGCUCGCUGCGGCCGUCAAGGUUCCGCAACUGCUGAUGGCUGCCGGUGAUGACCCGGACUUCGUCAAGCCGGACGGCAGCGUGCACAAGAUCUUCAAGUCCCGUGAAGACAUCAGCGCCAAGUCGGAUGUGCUGCUGUUCGCUGACCAGAACCACGGCUGGGUGCACCGCGGCGACAUGAACAACGCCGCCACCAAGACGGCCGUCAUGAAGGCCUGGCACGCGGCUGUCAAGUUCAUCCAGACCAACUGCCCCGUGUAAAGCGUCAUUCAAAAGGAUCGCUCGAAUGGAAUCCAUGAGCGCGUGAGAUCGUAGCCGCUGUAAAGGAUCCACACGAUCGCUGAAGCAGAUGCUGUUGCCUUCCCAUCGUAUGAGCAGGAAGCUGUAGACAGCGAUCUUCCAGCUGUAGUGAAAGUAGACGUGUUUGACAGCGGUAGGCUGAAAAUUCAGAUGCACGUGUUUUCCAAUGAUCUGAUUCGUGCAUAACCAGUAAAUUCGCGUUUACCUAAUCAAAUUUUCAUCGCAAUUCGUCACAUUUCGGCUCAUUUACAAACU